GCGCUUCACGGCAUUGACAGAGCGAACAUUUCAGAACGUUUUUUACUUCUAGGUUUUUCCUUCUAUUUAAUGAUCUUGGACCGGGUUUAGAAGAACAAUCCAAAAGAAGCAGCUUUUCUCAUUUAUUCAAGUUCCUCUGAGAAGGAUUCCACGAUCUCCAUGUUCCAUUUUGAGUAGUUUGUGUUUCAUACUACCGAUCUGAAGACGACAAUGGGGACAUGGCUAGACUUCUAGUUUUGAGGAGAUGACUAUGUAUGAUCAACAAGUCGUUUUCCUGUAGUGGGGUUUGUAUUGUACGGUAGUACUACUAGUAAUGGCCGAUCAACUGGUGGAUGGGCCACCAAAUAAACGGCAGAAAUUGGGCACGCCAGAUACUCCGACCGAAAAUGCAGACAUUGGAAAAAUUCUGGACGACUUGGAGCAAAAUUUGCCAGAAGAACUUAUGGGCUCAGGCUCGAUGAAUGAAAUUGCAAACGGAGAAACAGCUGAUAUUGCUUCGACUACUUCUCCAAGUUUACAACGAAUGUUGCAGUCGAACUCGGAUGUUCUGUCAAGUAGCGCAAGCACAACGUUUAGUACAACUGCUACUGCUAGCUCAGCUAGCAUCUCCAGUCCAAACAGCCCUUCACUGACAACCCUUACUCCUGCUAAAUCGCCGGUUAUGAAUUAUACUAUGUCGUCGCCUCCUUCAAUGCCAGUUAGUACAUCAGGAACUCCAACUCCGGCAACUCCGCUUACAUCGAGUGAGCAUCACCUUUCUUCGGUCCUCGCUAAUUCUGCUCCUUCAUCGAACUCAGUAACGUUGUCAACAAUGAAUUCAGCUUCAGGGAUACAACCAUCGAUCAUGGCUAAUAGUUAUUCACAGGGACAGUACAAUAUGCUAGAUAUGAACACUUUACCGAACAGYAUGAUGGCUUCACUAAACGGCCCUAGCGUUGGAAGCGGUAUGAAUUCGAUGAACAUGGUACAACGUAAUGGCCCUUCGAGUUAUGGCCGCUCCAACUCGAUUGGCACGAAUAUGAACGUGUCUAGUUCUGCGGCAAAUGUUUAUGAUUCAUUAAGCCAUAUUCAGUCAGAACCAAAUUUUAUGAAUACACAAGGACUAAAUGGAAGCCUUGAUCCUACUCGAUCGCUUCAAGGGAAUCAGGGGUCUGGUUUGCCAACAACAGGCACUGGGCUUGGAUCAUCUCAACCACCGACAGCAGAUCCUGAAAAGCGAAGACUAAUACAGCAGCAGCUUGUUCUUCUUCUUCAUGCACACAAAUGUCAAAGAAGGGAACAACAAGCUGCUAAUGGUGAAGUAAAGGCUUGUAAUCUGCCUCAUUGUCGGACAAUGAAAAAUGUAUUAAAUCACAUGACGACUUGUACAGCAGGGAAAACCUGUCAAGUUGCUCAUUGUGCAUCUUCUCGGCAAAUAAUUUCUCACUGGAAAAAUUGUUUACGGCAAGAUUGUCCAGUGUGUCUUCCUUUAAAGCAUGCAUCUGAUAAGCGAAAUCAAGCUGCAAAUGAUGGUAUGCAGAAAGCCUACCAAGCUCUAGGGUUAAGUUAUAGUGGAGCCAAUCGAAUGUCACAAUUUCCACAUCAUAAUAAAGCAUUUGGUGAUAAUAGUAGUGGGGCGUCAGGUACGGGGUCUGUAGUUAACAAAGGACCCAAGGAAUGGCAUCAGCAUGUAACACCAGACCUGAGAAACCAUCUUGUCCAUAAACUUGUUACAGCAAUUUUUCCUACACCUGUGAAUGAUCCAAGUGCACUAAAAGAUCGCAGAAUGAGUAACCUACUAAAUUAUGCUAGGAAAGUUGAAGGAGAUAUGUAUGAAACAGCUAACUCAAAGGAGGAGUACUACCAUCUCUUAGCUGAGAAAAUCUAUAAAAUUCAAAAAGAACUUGAAGAGAAAAGACAAAAGAGACUAAUGCAACAAAUGAGAACAAUGCCUGGUAGUUCACAGGUUCCACAAGUACCUUUCCAACAGAUGAAUGGUGAUCAGAGUGGCACUCAAUUAACACCUGCACAAGCUACAGCUUUAAAAGCUGCACAAAUGCAUCGUCAACCUAUGUUUUCAGAUCCCAUUUUUAAUACAACUCAGCAACAACAGCUACCAUCAUCAACACCACAGCCCAUGCCCAUGGCUUCUCAGUCACAAACAUCUAGUGCUGCUUCCCCACAAGUUGYACAACCUCAAGGUCAGCAGUCCAAACCUGCAAUGCAACCAGACAGUCCAGCACAGAAACCAUCACCAGCACAUUCACAAUCUGGUCAAAGUCAAGGAAAAGCUCCUCCUCUGUCUCCAGAGAAGUCAUUCUCCAAGGAUAGUGAGCAGACGYUGGCUAAAUCACCAAGUUCAUCUGGUAAGGGAACUGGUCCAGCAAGCCCCAAACGACCAAAUAUUGGUAAAGCAGAAGCUGCAGAGAAGCAACUACCAUCAUCACCCAGUACACCACAGUCUCAACCACAAGAUAAGAAACCAUCUUUUGAGGGAUUAACAAGUGCCACCACAGCAACACCACUAACAUCUAUUACAACAACAUCCACCCAAGAUGUAAAACCACUGGUAACAGUUAAGCAGGAGCCACAUGCUUCAGUUACACAAGUAACUCCAGCAUCACAGGCUCUUGCUAUACCUGGACCAUCAGUCAGGUAUCCAUUCAAAAAAGUGUUUUUACCAGAGGAGCUCAGGCGCAAACUCAUGCCAACUCUUGAGAGACUCUACAAGCAUGAACCAGAGUCCCUUCCGUUUCGUGUCCCAGUUGAUCCUAAGCUCUUGGGGUGUUUGGAUUAUUUUGAUAUUGUCAAACGACCAAUGGACCUUUCCACUAUUAAGAGAAAGCUUGAUACUGGACAGUACAAGGACCCAUGGGAGUAUUGUGAUGAUGUUUGGCUCAUGUUUGAUAAUGCCUGGAUGUACAACCGCAAGACAUCCAGAGUUUAUAAAUAUUGUACAAAGUUGUCUGAAGUUUUUGAACAAGAAAUAGAUCCUGUCAUGAAAUCUCUUGGGUAUUGUUGUGGUAGAAAGUAUGUAUUCCAGCCUCAAGUUUUAUGCUGUUUUGGAAAGCAGCUCUGCACCAUACCAAGAGAUACAACAUAUUAUACUUAUCAAAACAGAUUCCACUAUUGUGAGAAGUGCUUCAAUGAAAUUGAAGGGGACAUUGUCAACCUUGGAGAAGACCCAACUUUGCAACAAAGUACAAUUCCCAAGUCACAGUUCCAAAAAUUAAAGAAUGACCAUUUGGAUAUGGAACCGUUUGUGGAGUGCAUUGACUGUGCUCGUAGAGUUCAUCAAAUAUGUGUCCUUCACAAUGAUUAUAUUUGGCCUAAUGGGUUCCAGUGCGAUACUUGCCUCGAACGAAGAGGUUCAGUCCGAAAGGAAAAUAAAUAUAAUGCAAAAAGACUACCGCACUCUAAACUUGGAGAACUAAUUGAAAGAAGAGUUAAUGGAUUUCUGAGGAAGCAAAAUUGUUCAAAUGAAGUAACAAUACGAGUUGUAUCAAGUGUCGACAAAAUUGGAGACAUUAAACCUGGAAUGAAGACAAGAUAUGAUGGGUCUGGUCAAUUACCUGAGAGUUUUCCAUACCGAGCUAGAGCUAUGUUUGCAUUCGAAGACAUUGAUGGGACUGAUGUGUGCUUCUUUGGUAUGCAUGUCCAAGAGUAUGGAUCUGACUGCCAACAGCCAAACACAAGACGAGUAUAUGUGUCAUACUUGGACAGUGUGCACUUCUUUACCCCUCGUCAUCUUCGAACUGCUGUCUACCAUGAGAUCUUGAUUGGUUAUCUAGAGCAUGUGGGACAAAUUGGUUAUCAGAUGGCACAUAUUUGGGCAUGUCCUCCCAGUGAAGGUGAUGACUACAUUUUUCACUGUCAUCCAGCUGAGCAGAAAAUCCCAAAACAUAAACGACUUGUUGAGUGGUACAGAAAGAUGCUGGACAAAGCUAUCAUGGAUAGGGUUGUCAUUGAAUACAAGGACAUUCUGAAACAAGCAAGUGAUGAUGGGCUUACAUGUGCUAGUGAACUUCCAUAYUUUGAUGGGGACUUUUGGCCCAAUGCCCUUGAAGACAGCAUAAGAGAAUUAGAUCAAGAAGAAGAAGAACGAAAAGCAAGUGCUGCAGCUGCAGAGGCCUCUGGAAAAGAUAGUCAAGGUAGUAAAAACAAAGGAAACAGCAAACGAAGUAACAACAAGAAGGCAACUAAAAGCAAAGCAAGCAAUCGCAAGACAAACAAGAAAAUUAACGGUCCUGGAACUGAGUUGUGUGACCUUUCCCAGAGAUUAUACAUAACAAUGGAAAAACAUCGAGAGGUCUUCUUUGUCAUUCGUCUCAAUGGUCGAAAAACACCUGAAACAGCGGAUCCAGAUUCAUUGAUGUCGUGUGACUUGAUGGAUGGACGUGAUGCAUUUCUAACUUUAGCYAGGGAAAAGCAUUACGAGUUCUCUUCCUUACGUCGAGCCAAAUUCUCUACAAUGGCUAUGUUGGUAGAACUUCAUAACCAAGGGCAAGACCGGUUUGUGUACACUUGCAAUCUCUGCAAAAGACACAUUGAAACCAGAUAUCACUGCGUUGAAUGUGAGGACUUUGACUUGUGUGUGCCAUGCUAUGAAGAAAAGGGUCAUGACCACAAGAUGGAGAGACUGGGAUUUGAUCUUGAUGUUGAUCAACAGAAUCAGCAAGAACAGGAUGGGAGCAAAAAAGGUCAACAACUCACUGCUCAAGAAGAACGCAGAAUUAAGAUUCAAAGAUGUAUUCAAAGUCUUGUUCAUGCAACACAUUGUCGCGAAACUAGCUGCACUGUAAUAAGCUGUGCUAAAAUGAAAAGGGUGGUUGAACAUACAAAGUCAUGUAAGAGAAAAACAAGCGGMGGUUGUCGAAUCUGUCAAGAACUUAUUCAUUUAUGUUGCUAUCAUGCGAAGCACUGCAUGGAGAGGGAAUGUGUGGUGCCAUUCUGUAGGCACAUAAAGGCAAAAUUACGGCAACAGCAAAUGCAACAGCGGUUUAACCAACAUCAAACUCUACGUAGACGAAUGGCACAAAUGGCGAGAAGUACGAUGCAGCCACCAGCGCCAAUGCCUGGCCAACAACCGACAAAUGUUCCCCAGGCUCUGCCGCAGCCACCUCAUCCAGGUAUGCAUCAACAACCAACCAAGCAGAUUCCCACCCAACAACCACCACCUUACCAACAGCCUCAAAAGCCUGUAGUAACUAACCCACCRCCAGGGGCUGUCGCUGCUGUCCAGAAAAUCACAAGAGAUGCUAUCCAACAAGCUCAAAACAGGCAACCAAUGACACCUCCUGUUGGACAGCCAUCCUUUCCACCUCAACAGCAACAACCUCAAGUGUCCUUACCCCCUCAACAAGUAAUUGGAUCACCCAACUCAAAUAUGCAAGGAAUUGGAAUGCCACACAAUCCUGCGUUUAUACAGCAGAACAUGCAAAAUCAAGUCAAUCAACAGAUGCAACAGAUGCAAGGAAUGAGACCAUCAAUAGAACGAUGGCAAAACAUGUACCAAAAUCCACAGCAGCCGCCACAGCAACAACAUCCAAACCAAGUAAAUACUAACGUGGCCGGUGGUCAGUCCUUCCCUCCAAUGAGCUCGCAACAAAGCGUACCUCCAAUGGGUAUGCAGCAGAACCAUAUGCGACCUCCAACAAACAUACCACCUGCCUUGCAACAACUACUACAAACGCUAAAGUCUCAAAGCCAUCCACAUCAAUACCAGCAGGCUCAGGUUGUGCAAAUCCUUAAACAAAACCCUCAGCUGAUCAAAGCUUUUAUGCAGCAUCGUCAACAACAACAAUUCUUGAAUCAAUCACAGCAGCAACAGCAACAACAACAAGGCAUGCAGCAAGGCAUGCAGCAAGGCAUGCCCCAAGGAAUGCAACAAGGAAUGCAGCAAGGAAUGCCACAAGCUAUGCAGCAACAAAUGCACCAAGGAAUCCCGCAGGGAAUGCAGCAAGGGAUACCCCAAGGAAUGCAACAAGGUGGCGUCCAGCAGGGAAUUCAACAAAAUAUGCAACCAACUAUGCAGCAAGGCAUUCAACAAGGAAUGCAGCCCGGUAUUCAACAAGGAAUGCAACCAGGUAUGCAGCAAGGUGUGCAACAAGGUAUGCAACUUAGUAUGCAACAAGGCGUACCUCAGAAUAUACCUCAGAAUAUGCAACAGCAGGCAUUGCAGCAACCAGGUAUUCAGGCUCAAAUACCUCAAAUGAACAAUUCAGGACAAUCUAGUAUGCUUACUGCACAACAACAACAGUGGAUAAGAUUUCAGCAACUGCAACAAUUCAAACAGAAACAGCAACAAGCGCAGCAGCARCAACAACAAGCGCAGCAGCAGCAGCAACAACAACAACAGAAUGUAUUUCAGCAACCGCAAAUGUCUCCUUUUUCGCAAAUGAAUGCCGCCGCAAGGAGAGCCCAAUUGCAGAACAUGAACAACGCGCAACCAAACAUGAUGCAUCCCAACGGGCAAGCACAGCCUUCACCACCACAGCACUAUCAAGCAAAGCAAAACCAAAUGCAAGUCCACAUGAUGUCCCCUCAAGCUCCUCCUAUGUCACCUCAACAAGGAGGACUUCCAUCCCAGUCUCCUCGGCCUGUCAUGUCACCUCAACCAUACCAAAACACCGUUUCUCCAAGGCAACAAACGGUAUCACCUCAUCCACAGCAGUCAUUAACGUCGCCUCAUCCUUCAGCAUCACCUCAUCAUAGUCUCGACCAAUCUCAACCACUAGACAAACCUCUCUUCGCUCAGCCACUCGCCACGCGAGGAAUGAACCUUCCUCCAUUACAAACGCCUACUGAGCAAGAACUUUCGAUAGGGCAGGAGGAUCCAGAGACAGUACCUCCUCUUACUCCUCAAGACCAAUUAACGAAAUUUGUCGAGAAUUUAUAGUACAGAUUUUAAAACAGAAUCAUGACAGAAAAAGAGCUGUACUUUAUACUUUGUAUGUAGUUUUAUGUCGCCGAUGAAAGUAUCGUGGCCCAAGAAAUUUUCUACCAUUUAUAUCGUUAUAUAUAAUUAAUUUGUAUAGCAGCUCAGAACAAGUGCCUGUAAUACAGACUCAGUUGCAAGCACUGAGCAAUGUAAUUUUAGUUUUAGAAUAAUAAUUUUCAGCAACUCGGUCGCUAAGACACUGUACAAAGCGCACGUUCUUACCGAUACAUACUAUUGACGUGCAUACAGUAUAAUAAAUGUAUGCACUUUCCAAAACGCUUGACAUAGAAUGAUGUGUUCAUUUACUGUUUACAGUAGUCUCUAUAAAUUAUACAUACAUUAAAAUAUGCCAAGAUCGUUUUGCUCGAGAAGAAUGCCAACACGACAAGAUCGUGGUAAGCGUCCAAACGCUUUAUUGGCAUUAUAUUUUUUAUGAAUAAAGGAAGGAUCUUACGAAGUGCC